AGAUGAUAGAACUUCUCUUGAUGAUCUUUGAGAUGGUCCGAAUUCGCGCUUCAAUCUGCGUUCAACGUCGUCAAUCUCUAGCUGACCAGACCUGACGAAGCCCAACACGAACAUUGUCCUCGCGAAACCACCACGCCCUCUGACCAGCGACGGCUCACCACUCGCCGAACGUACCACUCGAGCUCAUGACCUCUCGGUAGCAUGCCGCAGAAGAAACGCGGCGGCGGGGGCAGCACGGAAGAUGGAGAGAGAAGCGAACAGGCCGACGCUGCAGCUCCAAAGCGACAGCGAGUCUCUCUAGCGUGCGACUCCUGCAGGGUGGCUCGCGAACGGUGCGAUGGUGAACGACCUCAGUGUGGAACAUGUGUCUCCCAAAAGAGAGCCUGCUCGUAUACGCCCACGGCAAAGAAACGCGGAGUACAAACUGGCUACCUGAGGACCAUUGAGAUGUCGCUGGCCUGGAUUCUCUACGAGGAAGCGCCCACGACCGAGGAGGCGCUCCUCCGCCUGUUGCAAGACAAGAAUGGCCCACUACAUAAAAAGGGCAAGGCUGCCGAUAAGUUGCACAAGAAAUGGACAAAGAGUAGGGUCAACAAGCAGAUUGGUCUGCUUCUGUCUGGGUCUGCAACACGACCAAACCGGGACGAUAGUUCGGACAACGAGUCGGACACUGAGGGGAAUGGCGAAGGCAUGUCGUCAAACUUUGAUGUACAAGACCAAUUGAACAACUCAGUGUCACCGUUUCUGCAACGAGAAAGAACCGAAAUACCACGAGCCUCCUUGCUUAAACUCCCGAGGAAUUGGCGCCGACUGUUCGACAUAUACUUCACAUACACUCAUUGCUGGUUCCCCAUCCUCAACCGAGAUAGGAUUCUGGAGACAGCCCUUGCUUACCCACCUGAAGGGAUCCCUGGACCUUCUUCUGUCAUGGAUGUCGCCCCAAGCUACGCCGAACUUUGGGCUGUGUUGUCUCUCGCCUCUUUCCAGGACACAACCUCAAGCAACCCAAUGCAAGGCUUCAUGUCACCCAAACAGAUCUACGCGACUGCAAGGGGACUCAUACCAUCCGAGGAAAGGCAAUUCGAACUUCCUCAUCUACGUGCGUUGUUGCUGCACUCGCUGGUCCUCAUCGGCCAAGGCGCAGACCUGGCGGCCUGGAUGCUUGUGGGAACAGCAACUCGACUCGCAAUGUUCUUGCGGGGGACGGGGGCGUUGUACUCGGAUGGCCUCGGCAUCAACGAGACGACGGAGCGAUCAGGACGCAUCGCCCUGGCAGCUUGCUUUGUACUCGACACGAUCGCCGCCACGGGUCUGGGCCAGCCAGCGUCGACACACGUUGGUCCUGCCAAUGUCGACGCAGAAGGAUUGGCAACGCCAGCGGCGGACGAGAGCUGGACUCCCCUUGCUGGAUUUGGGCCGACACAUCCCGAGCACAGUCAACCUGGGCCACAUGUCCAGCCAUUGAGGACCUUUCAGCAACUUUUGCGGUUCUGCCAGGUGCUCAGACGCGGGCUCGACCCGACCAGUCUCCAGAGUCGCCAGACAACGAACGCUGCCCAGAGCAUGGCGGAGGUUCUUGACCCAGUAUACUCAUUCUGCAACUCUGUCAUCUUUGGUGCUUCCACUCCACCAGUUCCCUCGGCAUUUCUGCUGCAGAUAGCCUUCUUGGCGAUGACGACGCGACUGUUCCAAAGCUUCCGCGGAUCGCUGCUAUCAAGCUUGACCGAGGCCGUCGAGGGCUGCAUAUCUUCAUUCGGAUCGUGUGGCACACCGCCCUUGGUCGUGGGUCUCAUGGGCGUCGUGCAACGAUGCGCGCACCUGGGAAAGAUGCACGAGGCAGAGCGAACCAAAUGGCACACUACGCUGGAGUCCUUGAAGGCUGUAUGGAGGAACGAUGACUUGCCGCCAUCGGGUCUGCCACCAGCGAGUGACUUUGAAGUUGAGUACAGUGAUGCUGGGCACAUGGCCACGUCAAGACAAUUACCCACGCGCCUCAACGAUCACCAGACACACAUGCCCGGAUAUUCAUUCUCUCAACAACCAAACAUGGGGCCAGAUUCACACGGUUUCCAAGUGGUACACCCAAUCGAGAGCCCAAGCACGGUACAGAGUCAAGCAAUCACCAGUCCGAGUGGCCCUUAUCCGUCCUCCGCAUCAAUGCGAGGCGCUGGAGUGCCCGCAGGGAUGUUCAGCGGAGUAACGGGCGUCGACAUCCAUACGCAAGGGGUGGAUUACGACGCGAUACUGGAAGAACUCGGUUCCAUUGACUGCACAGAUGGGCUGGACAUGGAUCCUCAAUUCAUGACAAACCUCGGCUUUGCCCCAGGUUGCGAUCUGGGCGAUAUGCUGCAGGGUGAAUUUGGGGGAUAAGGAAGGCCAGCCAGCCA